AUGCUGGAGAGUGAAGGUAUUUUGCAGCCAGGUGUGCAGGGCACGACGUCUUCCAUCACGAUUCCACGAGCGCUUCUGCGCUCCAGCGCCCUGUGGGAAGGUCUUACGAAGUUUGAGGUGCAGCGAGUGCCCAUUCAUGGUGAUGCUAGUGCUGGCUCAUGUAAGACGCGUUUAGCGAAGCUGCUCGGCACGAGUCGAUGUGGUUUGCCAUUAGAUUUCUUGCUGCAGGAUCACAUAUUCAUGUUCUUGAAAUGUCACGUCUGGGUCUCACACUAUGAACCGUCCACGACGGGAUGGGGCGACGAAUGCUCUGGUGUUGUGUUUCAUUGGCCACUGGAUGCGAACGCCCAUGCCAGAACAGCGUUCAAGAGCCGCAUUCGGGACCUCCGACAAGUCAGCGCACCGCAGCCGAAGUUUCUUCAACCUGAAGACGCUCCAGGAUUGUUCAAGCGCUUGCCCGUAAGCAAGAUGUUUUCGCAGGGGUAUCCUGGUAAGAGAGAGUUCACGAAAGUGGUGGACAAAGAGGAGCAUUGCUUCGCGAAGACGUACCAGAAGGGCUUGUUCGUUGCGGCAAUCAGCAAUUAUCACGGUGACCACUUGGACGGCUGCGGCAACCCAUACAUGGCCGAGUGGUGGUGGGUCGAGAGGCGUGCCGUUAAUUGUGCUAGCGAGAAGAUUCCCGAGCCGCCGCCAAAGGGCAGAAUCCCAGGCGGCGCUGAAUGUGUUGUUGCUUGA